UCGGUAGCAGCACCUUAAUUUUUUUUAAUACAAAAUUCUGUACAAAAGUGAUUCUAAAUAUCCAUUCAUACUUUCAUACAGAAGCUCAGUUUAUAAUACCACCUGUGUAAAACGUGUGAAAAUAACAUAAGUCAAUGUACGGUGUAGUGCGGUAUUAUUGAGUAAUAAUCGCAAAAAACAUUAAGUAUUUAUAUGUAUGUUUUCUAAUAAAAAUACGUCUCCUUUACCAAAAUGCACGAAGAAACCAUUGUUAGCACGCGCAUGGACCGCGAACUUCGCAAGAGAGUCAUACAACCGGGUGACUACACAAUAGUGCCUUAUGAAGAUUCGCGUUGUAAAAUCAAAUUAUCGGAAGUGAAAUGCACCAAUAAAGGUGGAGAAGAUUGCGAAAUAGACCCGGAUAGCGUUAUAUUCAGCGAUGACUUUCCAGGAAUACUUCUAAUUGGAGAUAGCGACAAUUUUAUAGACAAAGAUAUAGAGCUUAUUUUGCAGCAAAUGUGUAGUGGUGAGAAGAGUGCAGUGAGUUUGACGUACAGAGACAAUGAUGAGAAUUUAGUAAAACAGGUCAGCUGCAACAUAGAGCUGCUGGAAGUGACUGAGGAACAGGUGAUCAGCGACUGGUCAUGGCAGAGGCUGCAUGAGGCAGCAAUGCAUCAUAAGGAGCAAGGAGUAUUAUUAGUGAAGCAGAAACGGUUACCAGAUGCUUUCAGAAGGUUUAGCAAGGCCCUCAAGUUGGUGGUGGCCGUAGAGCCAGCGACUGAGUAUAAGGAAAUCACAGAUUUGAGGGUAAAACUCUACAAUAACUUAGCGCACAUCCAAUUGGAAUACAAUGAGUACUCAGCAGCGUAUGACUUGUGCAACCGGGCCCUAAAGUACGAACCAGACAACAUAAAAGCUUUAUAUCGGAGAGGCCUUGCACGAGUCGGCUUACAUGAAUAUGAGGACGCGUGGAAGGACAUAAAUACAGUUCUACGGAUAGACGCUAACAAUAAAGCGGCUCAACAGAAGAUCAAGGAGUUGAAACUAAUUCUUGAAAAUAUGAAUAAAAAUUACAAUAGUGUUAUUAAGAAAAUGUUUAGAUGAUUUCUUUUGUAAUAAGUGUUUAGAUAGAUAAAUAUAAGAGUACGU